GGAGAAUUGAGAAGAGUGUUUUUCAUAAAGGCAAAAUUGAAAAUAAUCUGGCAGUUGGUCUAAAGCAUUCAGUGCAUGUGAAUCGGAGCGAAAAUUUGGUGCUACAAGAACAAAGACAAGCGGAAUAUUCCAGCAUUUGUGUGUGACCUGUGAAGAUUAAAAAUACAAAAAAAAAAUUGAUUUAUUUGGAAAUUGUAAAAAGAGCGUUCAGAGAAAUGUUGCUGCAACGUAACAAAUUGGGAAGUGUUCGACCACCGAAACGUUGUCGCAGCGAUAUGGAUUCCACAUCAGCUUCAGAUAUUGUCAUAAUACAUGGCAAUUCUCAUCCAGACUUGGCCAAUUUGGUGGCUGAACGUAUGGGUGUGAAGAGUGGUGGCUGUUCUGUGUUUCACAAAACAAAUCGUGAAACAAUGGUAGAAAUUGGUGAUUCUGUGAGAGGCAAGGAUAUUUAUAUUAUACAAACGGGAACCAAAGACGCCAAUAACAAUAUUAUGGAAUUGUUAAUUAUGGCCUAUGCCUGUAAGACAUCAUCAGCCAGAUCAAUUGUGGGUGUCAUUCCAUAUUUGCCCUAUUCCAAACAGUGCAAAAUGAGGAAACGUGGCUGCAUUGUGUCCAAGCUCCUGGCCAAAAUGAUGUGUACUUCUGGGCUGACACACAUUAUUACAAUGGACUUGCAUCAGAAAGAGAUACAAGGAUUCUUUGAUAUACCAGUUGAUAAUUUAAGAGCUUCACCAUUUCUGUUACAAUACAUUCAAGAGAGCAUACCAGACUAUCGCAAUUCGGUCAUAGUUGCCCGUAAUCCCAAUUCAGCUAAGAAAGCCACCUCCUAUGCCGAACGUUUACGUUUGGGAAUUGGUGUUAUUCAUGGUGAACACAAAGAAGCUGAAAGUGAUCAAGUUGAUGGUCGUUAUUCACCACCACCCAACAGUUCGUAUGAUGUAGCAGAUACAGUUGAAAUGUGCUUACCAGCAACACCUAGUCGUGCUCGUACCAUUUCUGUGUCGGUUGGUGUACCCGAACAUCCACAAAAAGUAAAACCUCCAUUGAAUCUAGUUGGUGAUGUUAAUGGUCGCAUAGCUAUUAUGGUGGACGACUUGAUCGAUGACGUCCAAUCGUUUGUGGCAGCUGCCGAUGUGCUAAAAGAGAAUGGUGCCUGCAAAAUUUAUGUAUUGGCUACACACGGUCUGCUUAGUUCAGAUGCGCCACGUCUAAUCGAGGAAUCCGCUAUUGAUGAGGUCGUUGUUACCAAUACCAUUCCACAUGAGGUACAAAAACUACAAUGUCAUAAAAUCAAGACAAUUGACAUUUCCAUUUUAAUUGCUGAGGCAAUUCGUCGUAUACAUAACAAGGAAUCUAUGUCCUAUCUCUUCCGCAAUGUUACAUUGGAAGAUUAAAAAUGUAAACGCAAACAAAAAGAGGCAUUCGUUUUUUUCAUUAUUUUUUUUUAUUAAAUGUCGUGCGUUUACUGUAAAGAUUUUUUCUAAAAUGUUGGCAAAAGUUUGCCAUAAAAAUAGAAAAACGAUUGAGAAAAUGGAAGACAGGCUAACGUUUCAUUUUCCGUUAUAUGUACACACAUAUAAUUUCAUUUUAUUAUAUAUUUACACACGUAACAAUGUUUAUAGUAAAAUAAAAAAAGAGUUAUUGCCGCUUCCCCCACAAUGUGAAUUAAUUUCUUAUUAAAACAUUACGUUUUUUGCAUUUUU